CCUCAAUUGUCACGGGUCGCCGCAAUGGAUUGGUCUCUGAGCAUUGUGUCAGGUAGGUAGCGGAUGGUGAGCCCACCAAUGUAUGACCUCCAACACCAGAACACUCUAUGCUUAGGAACUCUCCAUCAUCGUCGAAACCAUGGCGAGUAAGCCCAAGCAGAUCCGUUUCGAAGGAGAUGGGUUUCAGGAUUGGUCAGACUCACCGAGCUCGCCUCCACCGUCACCAACGCCCAGCGUCAGCUCUUUCCAACGCGACUCUCGCCCUAAACGGGGCACGACGCGGAUUCCUUCACGAAUUGUUUCCAAGCGCGCAUUGAUACACCUUGGGUACUCCUUUGCCGAAGAUGGGGACACAGUCAUUGUUCAGCUGGCACUCGGACAGGAUCACAUUGAGGAACUUCUUGAGCUGAGCAAAAGGAUCCGAAGCUCAGACCAGGGGAGUUCGGAAGUAGGCGAAAGUGGCGAGGCAGACCCUCAAGAUGAAGAUGGAGGCUUUGACUGGAUCAAUGUUAACGCACCUGAUAAGGAGACGCCGCACCUGAACACUGGAAAAGGUGAAGAGUUCCAUGAGCAUGAAAACAGAGAAUCGACAAUAGAAGACACGGAUUGGGAUUGGGACGAUCUUGAAGGUCCAGUGAUCUACUCAGGGGUUCUAAAUUUGAACAGCACAAAAUCACCUAUGGACAACGACAUAAACUCUACAGCCGGUAGACUUUUGGCUUGGAACCAAGAAAGGUCAGAUCUCAUCAAUGGAGCUAAGACGCAGCUCAAUACAGUACACGCAGCAGAGUUCUACAUGGAUCGCGCCGGCAAUCAAAAGGUUACGCUUGCCUGCCCAGAAGACUAUGAGUUCGGGGCUACGGAUGAAUCCCUUGUUCGCUUGAGAUGGCUACACGUACAGGCUGGGUCCUUGAACAUUGCGACUAUGGAGACUCUUGUAUCAGACUGUCCAUACAUAUCUCAACCACUAAGACUAGUAGCACUUACAGUUCUCAAAGAAGUCACGGCGAAAUGUGAGAGGUCUUCGGAAAAUGGCUCUUAUCUCGAACCUGGCUCAAUGAUUCAAUACAUCGGGAGAUACAACAGCUCACUUGGGAUAUAUGAAGAUGAAGACACAUCUGAUACCGAACCUGUAGUGUUUAUCUCUUCACCUUACCUUAUUCUUACCGACAGGCCCUCCGCAAAAAGAUUUCACGGGAAGCACUAUAUGAGAAGCCUUCGUGAAGUUCUCUAUGGCUACGACGACGAAACACACCCCAAGAAUGACUCUCGUAGCCGAGAAUUCAAGCUUGACGAGAAAAAGCAACCCCAGUUGAAAGUUCCUCAGCUUUGGUCAUUGAUAGUUGGUGCAGAUCUGAUCAUCACCUUUUCAGAACUCUCGCCGCGGGAGAUGCAACUGAAUCUAAUCGCCGUCGAUCCAACAAGGUCGUCUGCGGGACUAUACACCGUUAGACUCAUUGACGAAAAGGAUAUGUGCCGGUAUCAUGUUGUCGUUAAAGCAGAUUGGAAGUAUGCGGACUUCCUCAAGCAUGCGGUGGCACUGGCACUCAAGGGCCAAGGUCGUGUGAAUGCAGCUUCCUUCGUGCUAGUCAAUGACUAUUGGGGCAUAAUCACUGCGGAUAUCUGGUUGCACUUACUCGCGAGCGAGACCAUCGAGGACUAUGUCUUUGGGAUCCGUGAGAAGCACGAGGCACAGCGGAGACCCAAUGAGGAGUUUCGCGCCUUGUCAGAGAAGCUUCUCACGGCGGGAAGUCGGAGCAGCCUAGGCAGCCGCAGAGCCUCGCGCCGAAGUUCCUUCCGGUCAGAAUCCAGAGCCACAAAUUUUGACACAACAGACUUCGAUAUGCAAAUGGUUCUGCAUCCUGGCAUGUGGGAAUACGGCGGUGACUCUCUCAGUCCUUCGGAAGAAGGGGUAGAACUCGGUAGCGAUAUGUUUGAGACUUCAACUAUGUCGUUUGACUCACACUUGGGGGUCGACAACUCCUCCCUUGACGGCACAGUUGACUUGACCACGUCGAUGUCGGAGACAAGCUUCAGGCUUAGGAACAUGGCGAAUUUUGAAUCCUCCAUCUCGCUUGGGGGCGUUGAGGCACCCAAACUUUUCAAACUAAGAAAGGAAAUGAGUGAUUCAAAUCAACAGAAUGGAGAAACUGAGAGCCCACGGUUACCGCCCGACGAAGCCGAAGCCGUUCGGCGACUCCAAGCUAUACCUAUGCUCGCGACUCACCACUGGAGGCAGAGCCACUUCCGUAUUGGUUCGAUGAUCAGGAGCAUAUCAGCAGAACUCGUAGUGACGCGAGCUCAUACAACGGCUCGUGGACUAGAGAAACUCCUGAUCGUGAGUUUGGAACGAGCUAUUUCUCUGCAGGGGUCCCGUCAAUAAACUUGGCAGAUCUGGACUUUGUGCCAUUCCUUGCCUGGAGGCUGAGUUGGGACGAUGAUAAGAGAUCGCAAUCUGAGAU